AUGUACUACCGUAAUGGAGAAAGGUCGGACACGUGUCCACGAGUAUUACAGAAGCGAUCUCAGUCAGCACGUGAAACCUACCACCCGUCAAUCACAGACCUCAGCGAGCAGGCACUUAGGCUCUCUAACGGCUUCGGCUCAGAUGAAGAGACAAGUAUUUACCCUUUAACUAAUGGGCACUUCGGCGACAAGCCAGUUAGACUGGAUCUGACGAAUGAAGAUUUAAGCUCGAGAGGAGAUGAUAUCACUAAUGGGAAAGUCUCGGACAUAAAUGGUGGGAAUCACGUGAACGACAGGUCAUCAUCUCGACCACCUAGUAUUCGUAUACAAUGUAUGAGGCUCCCGAAGGUUCCCGAUGGUAGUUACAGAGAAAGGGUUUGUUUGUCCGCCAAUAAUCGGUAUAAGAUCGGUGCCUAUUACCGACGCCCGCGCAGUGUUGAAAUAGGGCGACUCUCGUCAGCUCGAUCGCCUCGUUCUAUUCCGAGUGGAUGUUCAGACUCUGACAUGGAAAAUAACAACUUUGUACCACCAAAUUUUAUAAUAAGAAACUCAUGUUCGACUUCUCCAAAUAAUGUCAAGUCGGUCUCCAACUCAAAGAAAAACAUGGAUGACAAUCAACAGCGACCACAAAACAAGGGGAGACAACUAGGAACUCAAAUGUCUGACGGUUGUGAAGAAAAAGUCAAUGGAUUUCACCAACAUCUGGUUAAUAAACAUCCCCUCCUGAAACAAAGAAUAUCUCGUUGGUUGACAAACGGUUUCAAAAUUCAAAGCUUAAGAUCAAAGAGUGUUCGAAAUUUACCGGGUGAUCGCCGACCGUCUUCCGAACGGCAUUCAUGGAGCCGAGGAUCUCGAAGGAAGUUUUCGGAACACAAUCUAGUUGAAGAAAUGAGGAAAAUAAAAUUGCGUCAGCAGAACAUUACAAAUGAUGUCGAACCUUGUGAUCAAAAUGACUGGGCAUUGACAUCAUCAUUAACAAUCACAAACCUGUCUAGGGAACCAAGUAUUAGUUCACAAAGAACCAUUUCUCUCACAAACUCACAUGAAUGA